AUGAUGCCAAUGACCCCUGAAGUUAUGAAGAAGCAAGCAGAGGAGGCUGAGCUUAUGCAUAAGUUGAUUGAUCUCUCUGGUGGCGCAGUCCAAAAGUCGCGUGCUUUGGUCGCUGCUGCUAGAUUGAACAUUGCCGCUGCAAUUGGAGCCGAGCCCAAGUCAUGUGAGAAGCUGGCCCUCGAAGUUGGCUGUGAUGAGGAAUGUCUCUACAGACUGAUGCGUGCACUCAGCCAGAUUGGAAUAUUCAAGGAGACCGAGGAAAGCCGUGUCUUUGAGAACACUCGUCUGUCCACCGCUUUGGCCCAGGACAACUUCCGUGACCUCGUCAUGAUGACAGGACUCUCAUGCAACUACCGUGCCUGGGAAGUGUUCCCAGAGACUGUCAAGCGUGGAAAGUCUGAUCUGACUGAAGUCCUCGGAGGCAUCCCAACCAUUUGGCAGUUCCUCAAGACCCGUCCUGAGGACGAGAUGGUCUUUGGCAAGGCCAUGUCUGCCCUGACCAACAAGUUGACACCAAUGCUCGUUGCCCAGAGUGACUUUACCAAAUUUGACACUGUUUGCGAUCUUGGUGGAUCACAAGGAACCUUCAUCUCGGCCAUCCUCCGCGCCAACCCAACCAUCAAGGAGGGAAUCAACUUUGACCUUCCAACCGUCAUUGAGAAGAACAAGCUUAACGAGGCUCGCAACAAGCAGUUGGAUCCAAGAUUCAAGGAGGUUGGAGGUGAUUUCUUCAAGGAGGUGCCAGCAGCCGACUGCUACGUACUCAAGAACACCCUUCACGACUGGAACGAUGAGUGCUCAGUCAAGAUCCUCAAGUCUAUUGCCAGUGCCAUGAAGCCCGGUGCCAAGAUCUACGUCUACGACUUCUUGCUCAGCAAUGAGAAGAACGAGAAUCUUUCAAGUGUUGUCUGGAUGGACUUGAACAUGCUGCAACUGUGCAACGGCAAGGAGAGAACUCUGGCCAACUGGGAGCAUAUCUCUGUGGAGACCGGAUUGAAGAUUGAGCGUGUUCAGCGCGCUCCAAAGGAGAACAUGACAUCCCUUGUCAUUUUUACCAAGUAG